AUGAAAAUGUAUCGCAUUCUGUUGGUACUUUUGGUGAUUACACUCGUUUACUCCGUCGCAGAAGCUCUUCUCGAUAACAAUACUCAACAAAGAGUUGACGCAAUAUGCAAACAGACAAUAGACACCAAAUUCUGCCAGGGGGUCUUUGCCAAGAAGCUGGCUACGUCUUCCCCAAGCAAUAAAGAUCUCCUGAAUGUGACAGUAACAGAAGCUGAAAGAUUCUCGGCCAAUACUUAUUUUUUCAUCAGCACACUCCUUAGAGAUGCUGGAGACGAGAGGUCCGGUCUGCAAAAGUGUGCCGAAGCUUACGAAAUUGUAAACACCGCGUUCACGGAGGUUGUAUCUUUCUUCAAUCAAGGACUAUACGGUGAGAUCCUCAAACUCACGGGUAAAGUUUCCUAUGGUGUUGGUAUAUGUAAGACAGAUUUUAAUGUGCCCGGUUAUCAUAUCAAUCCGCUGAAAGAGAAAAAUAUAGAAACAAAGGUCUUAGUGGCCAUGGAAAAGAUCAUUGGUCAUAUGAUUUCUUCAGAAUCUAAUUGUUGA